UUUUGGGUGGUGCUAACAUUGUUGUUGGGAGGGCCUUUCUCAUCAGUCGAUCUAGACCCAUGGACAGCAUCCUCUUGCAUCUUCAGGAUAUAUAUAUAUAUAGUUGGAAUCCUGUCAUCCAGAAUCAUCGUUCAGUGGAUAUGCUGGCAUUCGCAGGCUUUCUCUGUAGUUUGAGGGGUUCUCGAAGAACUGCUAAUCCCACCGUCGAUCUGAGUCUGGGACCUCAACACAUGGGACAUUAAAAGUCUUAUGCAAAUGGCGGCAAUUUCUUGGCCCAAUUCAAGCUAAGAAACCACAAGGUCCUCUAGUUGAGAAUUCUAUAGUAUUCGAUCAGGGCUUUUCGCAAUCCCAUUGGCCUUGGAACGGCCUUCGAACGACCAGUCUCUGCCGCCGCGCCGCCCUGGCAACGCAGCGUUGGGGCUCGGUGAUCGGGAGAUGCCGCGCCACCAUGGCGGAUGAGCCCACCUCCCAAAGCACCACAUGUUCGGACCCAGACAUCAUCGACAUCUCCAUCUCGCUGGUGUCAGGCCGCUCAGUGAUUCUGAAGGUGCCCAGCCAUGAAAAGGCGAAGCGCGUCAAGCAGCUCGCAGCGGAGGAGUUUGGCCUGGUUGGGGAGGAGAUGGAUUUGGUCCUCGACGACACGACGGUGGAGGAGGAUGUGAAGGCCCACGAGCUAAGCGAGGCCUUACUGAAGCUGGUGGUGCUGACGCCGGGCUUGAUCGCUUUGGUCAACGUGCACCGAGUGGAGGUGGUGAGUGGGAGCACUCUGAAGCCAUGGACACUCCUGGAUUAUAGCCAGACGACUCGCAGGUCGCCGUAUCAUGUGCGGUGGAAUCCCGCGAUGCCUUCGCAACUGGCAAUUCAGGGUCGCCACUUGAUUUGGAUCCACGACUUCAAUUCCGGUGAAGAGCGCUGGAGCCGUCGCUUCCUUCGGGGAGGAUCUGAACAAGUGAGUUUUCAAUGGAGCACAGAUGGGAAGAAAUUGAUUCUGGUGGACUUUCGGGAUGUCAUCGUUUGUGACAUGGAGCAAGAGACUGAAAUUGUCUUGAGACAACCAGCUGAUGUGAUGUGCGCCUCACUGAACCCGGAUGGGUGCCUGCUGGCCAUCGGCACGAGACACGAGAUCCGCUUUUGGGAGAUGGAGGCCGGCCGCCAGCAGCUCUCCUUCCGAACUGAGCCCAUGACGCAUCUCCUGUGGCAUGCGAGCGGGGAAUACCUGGCGGGCGGCGAUGAGGACGGCACUGUGAGCGUCAUCAGCCAAAAUGGCCAGGUCCAAUGGGAGUUGCAACAAAGUGGCGCCGCACGAGACCUGGGCUUGUCGGAUUCCGUCUCCUGCCUGUCAUGGAGCCCUGUGCAGUGCGUGCUGGCCUUUGCCGCGGGGCUUUGUACCACCUUCCAAGUCUUUGAUGCAACUCGAGGGCAGAUGGCCUGGAAAUCGCCCGGGCUGGGGCCCUUCCAGGACAUCACCUGGAACCGCGACGGCACAAAGCUUGUCGUUGCAUGUUCAGAUCAAUCCGUCCACCUCCUCCACGCGACGCGAGGCGAGGUGCUCUGCAGCUUGGAGCUCAGCGGCGUGGUGAACUCCUUGACCUGGUCCACGUGAGGACCGGAAGAUGAGGUGGAAGUGAGAAAGGGCGCCCUGGUAGUCAUCCUGCUUGAAGGAGUUUAGUGAAUGCUUGAACGGAUGCUCUGAAUUUGUCCUCUGCUGCCCUGAUGUUGCCGGUCUGGCUGUUUCAGGGCUUUUGCC